GGCCGCUGGGAAGGCGAGUCUCUCGGGAGACAGGUUCCUCCUCGCCGUGGGACUACGACGCCCACCCUGCCCCGCGCGCCGCCGCGGAACUCUGGGAAACGGAGCCCCCCCCCUCGGCCCCAGAGGCUGCUGGGGCUGAGGAGGAGGAGAAGGAGGAAGAGCAGGCGGGCAGGCGGGGAAGUCGCCCUUCGUGUGUACGGUAGACACGCGUCCAGACAGUGGUGCCAAAUUCACGGACCUCGCGGGCGACACCGCUGGAGAAGGCAGGCUCAGGCCCCGCUGCUGUCCGGGCUGUGUGAGGCACCGACGUUGGACCUGCCAGGAAAUCCCCCCCCGUGUGUGAGCACGUGGUGGCCUGGAGCUCUCUCACGGCAUCUCCCUCCAUGGUUCUGGACCCUUGGCUGCCGCCGCAGGGGCCCCGCUCCCCUCGGUGAGCCCCUCGGCCAUGCGUGUGGCGACCCUCCUGGCCCUUCUGCGCCCGGCUCUGCCCUUGCUGCUUGGCUUGUCCUUGGGCUGCAGCCUCAGCCUCUUGCGCGUCUCCUGGAUCCAGGGCGACGGAGGCGGCUCCUGCGUGGACUCUGCUGUGCUUGGACAUGGCAGGCAGCCAGCAGGGAAAGGGCAGGAGGGGGCUGGUGCUGGAGGGGGGCCGGGCCGGAAGGAGCAGGAGGAGGACGAGGAGGAGGAUGAAGAGGACGACUUCAGGCCUCGCAUCGUUCCAUACUCUAGAAACCCCAGCAAGCCAUACAAGAAGGUGCUUAGGACUCGUUACAUCCAGACAGAGCUGGGUUUCCAUGAGCGACUCCUUGUGGCUGUGCUGACCUCCAAGGCCACCCUCAAUACUUUGGCUGUGGCUGUCAACAAGACUGUGGGCCACCAUUUUCCCCACCUGCUGUACUUCACAGGGCUGCGCAGUGCCAAGGUGCCCCACGGCCUAGCGCUGGUGUCCCAUGGGGACGAGCGCCCCGUCUGGCUGAUGUACGAGACGGUGCGCUACAUCCACCAGCACUUUGGGGGCAACUUUGACUGGUUCUUCAUCAUGCAGGAUGACACCUAUGUCCAAGCCGAGCGGGUCAAGAACCUCAUCACCCACCUGAGCAUCAACCAAGACAUCUACCUGGGUCGGGCAGAGGAGUUCAUUGGGGGGGACGAACAGGCCCACUAUUGCCACGGUGGCUUUGGCUACCUGCUGUCCCGCAGCCUCUUACUGAAGCUCCACCCACACCUGGACAGCUGCCGCAGCGAAAUCCUCAGCGUGCGCCCAGACGAGUGGCUGGGGCGCUGCAUUGUAGACUUCCUGGGGAUCGCCUGUGUCUCUCAGCACCAGGGCCAGCAUUAUCUGUCCUAUGAACUGGCCAAGAAUGCAGACCCAGAGAAAGAACAGGGAGAAGAAUUUUGGGGAGUUGUUACUGUGCACCCCGUUACUGAGGCAACCCUCAUGUAUCGCCUGCAUAAGAAGUUCAGCAGGUUCCAGUUGGACCAGACCUACCAAGAGAUUGAACAGCUACAGGCUCAGAUCCGCAACCUGACAGUGCUGAUGCCUGCGGGGGAGGCUGUGCUGACAUGGCCCAUAGGCAUCAAUGCCCCCUUUGUGCCCAAGUCCCGCUUUGAGGUGAUCAGCUGGGAGUACUUCACAGAGCAGUACCUGUUCUCUUGCCCAAACGGUGCCCCGAAGUGUGAGCUGGCAGCAGCCAGCAAGGCAGACGUCAGCGACAUCCUCCAGGCUGCUCUGGAGCAGCUGAACCAGCGCUACCGCCCGCAGCUGCGUUUCCAUAAGCAGCAGCUCCUGAACGGCUACCGGCGCUUUGACCCCACGCGGGGGAUGGAGUACAGGCUGGAUCUCCUGCUGGAGGUGGUCACCCAGAAGGGGCACAGCCACUUGCUCUCCAAGCGGGUGAACCUCCUGAGGCCCCUCAGCAAGGUGGAGAUCAUCCCCAUGCCCUACGUGACAGAGGCGACACGGGUGCAGCUGGUGCUGCCCCUCACCUUGCAGGAGCUGGACUUUGUGGGCAAUUUCCUGGACACUUUUGCCAUGAAUGCCCUGGAUGCACACGACAACACCUUGCUCACCCUGCUCUUCAUCUAUGACUCCUACGACGCCCAGCUGGUCAGUCAGGUGGACGUCUUUUCCGGGGUCAAGGCCAUGGUGGCUGAGCUUGAGAGGCGCUACGCGGACGUCAAGAUCCCCUGGAUCAGCGUCAAGACGGAGGUGCCCUCGCAGGUGAAGCUCAUGGACAUCAUCUCCAAGAAGCACCCUGUGGACACCCUCUUUUUCCUGGCCAGCGUUUGGACGGAGGUCAGUGUGGAGGUCCUGAACCGCUGCCGCAUGAACACCAUCAGCAACUGGCAAGUCUUCUUCCCAGUGCAUUUCCAGGAGUUCAACCCAGUGCUGGCCUAUCGGGGGGAACAAGCGGCCUCCACCAGCACCGACUUCCUAAGGGACGGGCACUUUGACCGGCACGCCUUUGCCGAGGCCUGCUUUUACAACGCGGACUACAUGGCCGCCCGCACCAAGUUGGCGGCCGCCAUCCUGGACCAGGAUGAGGUGCUGGAGGGCAUGGAGGUCUUCGACAUCUUCCUGCGCCAUUCGGAGCUGCACCUCUUCCGGGCCGUGGAGCCGGGGCUGGUCCAGAAGUAUGUCCUGAGGAGCUGCAACCCCCGCCUGAAUGAGGAGCUCUACCACCACUGUGUCCUCAGCAGCCUGAAAGGGCUGGCCUCCCGCUCCCAUCUGGCCAUGGCCCUCUUUGAGCAAGAGCAGGCCAACAGCACCUGACUGUACGGCCUGGGCACAGUCCUUGGUUCAGCUGGGCCUGGUGGGGGGGGAGGGUACCAAAGAACCUGAUUUUUAGAAGGAAAAGCAAUUAAAAGUUCCCUUGCUGCU